AAGGCACCGAUAGAAUACACCUAAAUACACUUUGCGAGAAUAGUGGAAACGAGUAUGAUUCUGAAGAUGCACGAGAGAGGAAUGAUACUUGUCUGCUAUUUCAAAGAAGUUAAAUAGAGUUUAUAAGAUUUCUCAGUAAACAAGUAACAAACGACAAAGUUUUCCAUAAAGUAUAUCAGUUUCACUGGAAUCUAAUACGCCCGCAUGCGUAUUAAUUACUUCUUUUCGCGAACUCGAUCGAAAUACAUUAUCCGACGGGAGAGCACUCUUUGGGCUCCAGAGGAAAGAAAAGUUGUUGUAAUGGCUGCCGUGUCAUGAAAUGAAGGUACCGAGCCAGUUUUGUGGUUGCACGAUAACGAUGGAGGAUAACUCCAGUUCUACAUCUCAAAACCAUAAUGGACAAGUAUCUAGUGGUGCGAAUGUUUCGCUGACAAACAAUAAACAUCAGGGCAGUGACAAUGGUAGCAAUGGCGAUGCCAAGGAUCAAAGACCACAAUACUCUAUGCCUGGCAUUCUACACUUUAUUCAACAUGAAUGGGCUCGCUUCGAACUUGAAAGAUCGCAAUGGGAACUUGACAGAGCAGAAUUCCAGGCUAGGAUAGCUUUUUUACAAGGUGAAAGGAAGGGACAGGAAAAAUUAAAAAAUGAUUUAGUAAGAAGAAUAAAAAUGUUAGAGUAUGCACUGAAACAAGAACGAGCAAGGUACCAUAAGUUGAAAUAUGGGACUGAUUUGGUAAUUCAGGGAGAUGUAAAACCUCCUGUUUACGACGAAGGUAGUAGUACUUGUGUUAACUCUGAAGUUGGAGGAGAAGGUGAUGGGGAAGCCCCAUUUACUUCCGUCAGCAACAUAAGUUGGAGACAAGGUCGCCAAAUUUUAAGACAAUAUUUACAAGAGAUUGGUUACACCGAUACAAUAAUAGAUGUACGAUCAAACAGAGUAAGAUCUUUACUUGGUUUAAAUAAUAACACAGAUUCAGAAGACAUGAAUACUCCUGCAUUAAAUGGCAAUGAACCAUCAAAUAAACAAACAAUUGAAACCAGUAUCCGUAGAGUUCCAGGAAAAAAGGUAGAGCAACCAUCUUCUAUAGCAGAAGCAAUGAUAUUAGAUACUGAAGCAGCUGUUAUGGCAAAUUUUGAGUUCUUAACUCAUACAGAUAUGGACAUGGAAGAAGAAGAAGGAGAUGUAGAAGAUGAUACUUUCGAUACGAAUAUUGAAUCUAAACCAAAUAAAACAUCUAUGCUUCUAACGGAAGAUGUCGAUGCGGAAGCAGAAGAAGUAUUAAAUGAAUUAAACCUUCUCACAGAAACUGAAGAAUCACCACCAGGCUCUGUUCAUUUAGAUGCAUUACAUAAAGGUUUACGACCAGAUUUGAGGUGUCCAAACAAAGAAGGUGAUUCUGCAUUGGAGUUGGGGGAGUUAGAAUUAUUGUGUGUUAACAAUGAAGCAGAAACAUCAUAUGAUAUGGUAGCUACAACGAAGGAAACGUUUAGAAAAACUUGGAAUGCGAAAUACACAUUACGAUCUCAUUUUGAUGCUGUUCGAGCACUUGUCUUCCAUCCCACAGAAGCUGUUCUUAUAACCGCAAGCGAUGAUCAUACUCUCAAGUUAUGGAACCUUCAUAAAACUUUACCUGCGAAAAAAUCAGCUUCAUUAGAUGUUGAACCACUGUAUACAUUUAGAUCACACACUGGCCCAGUCUUAUGUUUAGCUAUGUGCAGCACGGGAAAUCAAUGUUAUAGCGGUGGUUUGGAUGGUAUGAUUCACUGUUGGACACUACCGUCAGCCAACAUAGAUCCAUAUGAUUCCUAUGAGUCAAGUGUCCUUAGUCAAACAUUAAAGGGACACACAAAUGCAGUUUGGGGUUUAAGUAUGUAUCAACCACGAUCGCAAUUGUUAUCAAUUAGUGCUGACGGAACUGUAAAAUUAUGGAGUCCGCAGAACAAGUCUCCUCUACUUCAUACAUACGUCUCUGAGCAAGACGGCAUACCGACUUCAGUAGAUUUUAUAAGAGAUGAACCACAUAAGUUAGUUGUAGCGUACGAAGGAGCGUGUGUUGUAUUUGAUACAGAAACUGGCGAAAGCGUAGCUCGCCUCGAAGCCAAUGAAACAAAGGGUUUCAAUCGUGUCGUGGCCCAUCCAACUUUACCAUUAGUUGUUGCCGCACACGAGGAUAGACAUAUUCGAUUUUACGAUCAUCGGUCGGCUACUCUUGCUCAUGCCAUGGUUGCUCAUUUGGAUGCAGUUACUAGUCUUGCUGUAGAUCCUCAUGGUUUAUAUCUACUUUCAGGAAGUCACGAUUGCAGUAUAAGAUUAUGGAAUAUGGAUAAUAAGACUUGUGUUCAAGAAAUAACAGCACACCGUAAGAAGUUUGACGAAAGUAUUUUAGAUGUAGCAUUUCAUCCAUCGCGACCUUUUAUAGCAAGUGCAGGGGCCGAUGCUCUUGCCAAAGUGUAUGUGUGAGAUGUAAAUUAAGGUACACCAUUUCUACUAUUGACAUGCAUCAGAUGGAACAGAUUUUGUACUCAUUCUUUCUAGAUAGUUUUACCUGUACGUGUUACACUUCCAAUUUUGUUGUAACUUAUAUUGCUCUACUUUUUAAAGUACCACUUUAGAAAAAAAUCAAAUCAGACAUAUAGAUAUAGCCAUGUUACGAGAAACUGAAAUUUGCACAUAACCCUUGUCCGCGACGAUUUAUCGAAGGAACAAUAAAAAUUCGAAUACGAAAUGCUGCUUAUUCAUGAGAUCUUUAUUAAGUAGCUACAUUAUUUGGAAUAGCGGAAGGGGUGUCUAUCUUGUAGAAUAUUAGUUAACAUAGUUCUGAUAAUUAGACAAAGAAAAUACCCCUUACCCAGAAUCCAGGAAGCACACUGCCGCAGUAGCAUAAUAUUUAUCCUUAUGUUAACUAUUUAUUACCAAUAUUACAGUUACUGUUGCACAGCUACUGGAGAUUAAUACGUACUACGCGAGGAUAAAACUUGUCCUAAAAUAAAAUACAUCAAUUAGUCUCCCAUUACAUAAUUUUCAUGCUACCUUACAUAUUUAUCGAGGUUAGCAAAAUAAUAACAACAACAGAAAAAAAGCAGCAACAACAACAACAACAACAAUAAUAAUAAUGAUAAUAACCAUAAGUUAAAUAUAAUGUAAGACAUAAUAUUAAUAACACUAAAUUAUAACUGUGUGUU